AUGGCAGUUUUUGGAUUUCGUGCCAGCGAAGUUGUAGCUCAUUGUGCCCUGAAGCUGAUAUCCAGAGAACACAGUUUCUUUUUUCUAGUUUUUGUUUGGAUGAUGGUGGUGACUGGUCUAAUUUGCAAUUAUUCUUGGCUAGAUUCUGUAACUCAAUAUGACAAUUCUGAGAUAUUUAAAGGGGGGAAAACCAGGAUGCCACUGUCGCGGAUCAUUGGACAGAGCAAGGUUGUUUAUCAACACUUAAGAAGAGAAUAUGGCAGCAUCCCAAACUGGCCUUGGAGCGGCAUUUGGAGAAACAAGGCACCUUUAAAGGUGGACUGGUUUACCUGGCUGGUGCCGCAGAAAGUAUGCCUAACCCAAGAGAACUUCAGAAAGGAGGGAUCAAUUUUUGCAGCAGGUGCCGUUUGUUUGAAAGGCAAAGCGAGGUGGAUUCCUGAUGGACAACUUUGCCCUACAGUCCCCAACAGAUCUAACUAUAUUCAUUGGAUUGAAGAUCUUCUGUCAUCGGACAUCGUUCCUAAAGUUCAAGAUGACAGAAACUGUAUUAGGGGUUUUGAUAUAGGAACGGGAGCUAAUUGCAUUUACCCUCUUCUCGGUGCAUCUCUUAUGGGUUGGAAGUUUGUUGGCUCUGAUGUUACCAACGUAGCUUUCGAGUGGGCAGAGAAAAAUGUUAAAAGUAAUCCUCUUCUUUCUGAAUUGAUUGAAAUCAGAAGAGUUAACAUGGAAACCCCAUCAGCUUCCAAGGAAGAGCUGAAUGAUGAACCAGGAAAAUAUGGCCAAUGUAAAGACGUAGACUUCGACAAUGCAGAGGCUGCUCUCAUUGGACCUUCACCUCCUUCUCAUCUCCCAGUGCACCCAGGUAUAGGAAAAAUUUACAAUGGACCUCCUAUACUUGUUGGCGUAGUCAAGGAUGGGGAGAAAUUCGAUUUUUGUAUGUGCAACCCUCCAUUUUUUGAGACGAUGGAAGAAGCUAGAUUAAAUCCAAAGACUUCUUGUGGUGGGACUAUGCAGGAGAUGGUUUGUCCUGGUGGAGAGAAUGCUUUUAUUACUCGUAUUAUUGAGGAUAGUGUUCAGUGGUACACCUCGAUGGUUGGAAGAAAAACUAACCUAAAGGUACUUAUAUCAAAGCUUUGGGAGGUUGGAGCAACAAUAGUGAAGACAACUGACUUUGUGCAAGGCCAGACAUGCCGAUGGGGUCUUGCCUGGUCAUUUCUCCCUCUUUCCAAGAAGAUGGUACCAUCCCACGUGGCUGAGAAGAAUAACAUGUCGUUCAUGCUUGAGGGUCUGCAGCGCCAUCAGAGUGCCAUUGAUGUAUUGCAAUCAGUGGAAUCCUUUUUCUGUAGUAUUGGUGCAUCCUCUAAAUUAGACUCUGCCUCGUUUAAUGUUGAUGUAACUUUGUCAGGCGAGCAAUGUAAGUCUAUCAUGAAGACCCGGUCACAGAAUGGAAACGAACAGGAUAUACCAAUAUCUGCAAAUUAUUGCUCUGGCCAACUAAAUGACAUGCGCCUGCGAGUUUCUGUCUUCCAGCAGAUACCAGGGACACUUCUGGUGAGGGGAUCAUUGCUCCAGAAAGAGAUCCCUGUAUCAGGGGUGUUUUCUUUUAUAUUCCAGCAAUUACAGGAAGUUCUAAAAAGCAAAUUCAGUAAAGGCACCAGAUAAUGGUUCCUUCUCCUGGUGCAGAAGAUAACCUGCGUAUGAUGUGCCGAACUACUAGUGAGAUGAUACAACGGUGACUUAUGUGUAUGGUUAAGGGCUGGGUAGGUUGUGUAGGAAAUAUUGAGGAUCCUAGCAAUUACAGGAAGUUUUGAAAAGCAGCAAAUUCAGUAAAGGCAUCAGAUGAUGCUUCAUUCUCUAGGUGCUAAAGAUAGCCAGUGUAUGAUCUGCAUUCUGCAGUACUACUAGUGAGAUGAAAGCAGUGUGACUUUUAUGUAUGGUUAACGGUUAGAUAGGUUGUGAAGGAAAUUGUUAAAGUGUAUAUCUAUCUUUGGAAAUUCUGCCAAAUAAAUAUGGAGUGAAAUUAACAAUUCCUCCCGUCCUUUCUUG